AUGAGUUCACUUCGCGAUUCCCGACCCCCCGAUCCGACUCCGUCGCCGGAAAGACUGGACCCGGCUCCGUUGGUAGAUCCCGCUGCCCGGACCGCUGAGAUGCCGAUGCCCGGUGGGCAAGAACAGAUGGAUCUGAUCAAGAUCUGCCAAGAGGAUGGCUCUCUAUACCCCAUGUGUUUAGAGCUUCAGAACCUGGCCGAUCGCCUUGAACACAACCAGAUUCUCAGCGACAAUCAGUUCGCUGUUGUCGAGACGGUCAAGGCUCUCCGCCGAGGGAGGGGUUGGCGGAUGUACGAGCUGCUGCACAGCAUGCCUCACGACAUCAUCCAGAGCAUUGUACAAGGCACCGUUGCGUUUGACUAUUUCAACGACAGUGCAACCUGGCUCCGUACGCCUGACUCGGACGACGGACAGGUCCCAGGCAUUUAUGUUGUCGGUCUCAGUCGCGUAGACAAGCGAGGCUGGUUCCUAAACAUCAAGGAGGUGAAAAAGCUGAUCAAAGGCAUCAAGCGCUACAUAGCAGGUUACAAGACCAUCUCCAAGCACAUCUCAUCCGUCAAUGACGGCGCUGUUAGUUUUGGAAACCUAGCAGCCUUCUCGGUCCAAGAGAGGGAUGAUGUUCAAUUUGUUGCCCUUGUUGACGGUGACGCAGACAAGUUUAAGCCUGGACACUCAACGACCCUUCCCAAGUGGGUUACGAAAGAUGAUGAGUUGCCCAGGUUCGACGCUUUGCUACGAACCUAUGAGAGGAUGUGCGAUGAGGAGCUUGACCCAACCGGACUGGUCCGAAUGAGGCAAAGCCCCCUCUACGUGGGCUGUUCCAAAGACCUCCGGAAGCGAAUGAGGAUGUACAACCGAAAAUCCCUAAAGGGAACCAAUAGGCAUCUCGGGUUGACAAUCGACGUCCUUGCCCAAAUCUCGCUGAGUGUUGUCGUCCAUGUCAGGCCAGUGCUCCUCAUCUGGAAGAAGGACCAGCUGCCUCUGGCCGAGCAGCUCAUCACCACGAUAGCCGGGUCACUGGUUUAUCAGUACGGCUUCAACGCCAUUGAGACAGGUGGCACAGGUUCAAACACGGUCGUAUCAAACGUGAACCUGGCAUCCAACGCCAGGAUGGUCAUGAGCGCUCUGGAUGACAUGCGCAUCAAUGUGCGUGAGACUUUGACGAGGCUUGAGGGCCGAAAGCAAUUUCUCGGAAGACUGAGGGAGGCCCAGCAGGAAGCAACCACUAUAAGCGAGACCAUGCAAGCUUGUGUGCGUCAAGUUAGUGGUUUCCCCAACGAUCCCAAAUGGAAUCACAUCAUCGAUGAGAUGAAUGAGAUUGCAGAGAGGAUGCAGAAACGACUCGAUGAUAGAAAGGAGGCUCUACGGCAGUGGCAGCUACUUCUAGAAAUCGAGAGGAUGCUGGUCUCACCCGUUGGGAGAAGCCAUCCAUGA